AUGGCGAUCUCAAAGACCUCCAACUUCCCUGAAGCGAUCUCAGGAGACUUGGUUUGGACUGCCUCAGACUUUGAGUCCAAUGAAGCCGCCUACACCGAGAGCCUAUCUAGAAAGGAUAUUCUCUCAAUUGAAGCAGCCUUGGAGCACUUCAAAGCUCUCGGCAUCUCCCGUGGGCAUACGAGUCCCGCCACAUUCCCACUCUCAGAGGACCUAGCAAACAGGCUGAGAGGGAUCACGGAUCGAAUCUAUAAUGGGUGUGGGUUUCACCAGCUUCGUGGACUUGAUCCGACCCUCUACACAGAAGCCGAGAGGGUCAUCAUUCACGCUGGUCUUACCAGUUAUGUCGCUGACAAGCGAGGUGGGAACAUCGAUCACAUUCGCGACCACAGCCUCUCCAGCCCAGAGCGUGAGAAGUUGAAGCCGCUCGAGCUUCCUGUUCCAAUGACUUUCCACACCGACAUUGACGUCGGCGACACUGUCUCCUUGUUCACCCAGAGCGUUCCGCUCAGUGGCGGCGAGCAGUACCUUGCCUCAAUUGCCUCGGUAUACAAUGAUAUACUUGAACGCGAGCCCGAGGUUCUGAAAACCCUUGCGGCGGACUGGUAUUGGGAGCGACUUUUUCGACCUGCCCCGAACCAGGAGGUCAUCAGAACGUUCAAUCGCCCACUGAUCGCCUUCGAGAACGGCCGUCUUCAAAUCAACUUUGCCGCGACUUUCGUCGGCGGGAACCCGAAGUACCCCCUCUCGACAAACGCACCAUCGCUGGCACCCGAGAAGCUUCGCGCUCUGCAGGUCAUCCAGGAAGCAGCGAAGCGAACGUGCCUGAAACUUGUGCCAGAAGCUGGAGAUAUCCUCUUUAUCAACAACUACGCCCUCCUCCAUGCUCGCGCGGCAUGGGCUGAUUCCGCGGACGAUGUUUGGAAGCAAAGGUACAUCAUGCGUCUCUGGCUUCACGACAGUCAGAAAGGCUGGAAGUCGGCAACUGCGCUGAAGCGAGAGUUGGGCGAGAGUUUCGAGGUGGCUCCUGAAUCCCAGCGCCUUCUGACUGGCACUGAGUGGUGUCGUAUCCCGAGAGCGAUGAGGGUAAAGGACAUGGGGUUUGCUGGAAAGGAAGAGCAUGACUGA